ACAGCAAGCGAACAGGAAGAAAAGAUGGCGGCGAGGAAUGGGAAGAGUGGCAUCUUGGAAAAAUGGAGGAUUGACGAAAAACCUGUGAAGAUCGACAAAUGGGAUGGUGCAGCAGUCAAAAAUUCUCUUGAUGAUGCAGCUAAAAAGGUUCUCCUAGAGAAAUAUGGCUACGUUGAAAACUUCAAUCUUGUUGAUGGUCGUCUCAUCAUUUGCACAGUCUCCUGCCUUUUUGCAAUUGUAGCUUUAAUUUGGGAUUACCUUCACCCAUUUCCUGAGUCCAAGCCAGUCCUGGCAUGCUGUGUUGUAUCAUAUUUCAUAAUGAUGGGUAUUCUGACCCUCUACACAACCUACAAAGAGAAGAAUAUCUUUCUGGUGGCUCAUCAGAGGGACCCAGCAGGCAUGGACCCCGAUCAUAUUUGGCAGCUGUCGUCCAGUCUCAAAAGGUUCGACGACAAGUACACGCUGCGAGUGUCCUUCACCGACGGGAAGACCAAGCGGACGCGGGACAAAGAGGACACGCAGUCGGUCGCGGUGUUCUUUGACGAAAACGGAACGUUGGUCAUGGACCAGUUUGAAAAGUGCGUCUCGAAGCUUCACGACACGUUGACGUCGGACAAGAAAACAAAGUAGGGCGAAGAAUUAGGUUAUUGGCGCCAGUCUCAUUGUAACCCAACACCACAGGGUCACGGUCGCUGAAGAGGGAAACGCUGAUGUUAGUUGGGUGUUUGUAACCAGUGGUCAGCUACGCAAUUGCGUAGGAGUCUACACAAUAGUAUUGUGACAACAUUUACAUCUUUUCAUCGGUUCGUUUUUUUGUUCGUUUUGUUUUUUUUUUUUUAACUUAACCGUAACUUUUUUUUUUUUUUUUGAUGGGUCAGUUUGUUUCUCAUCUUGCUUCUCUUUUUUUUAAAAUUGCCCAUUGGUCCAGUCUUUGUUCCCUGUCAUCGUCUUUUUAGUAUCCAGAUAGAUGUCUCAGAUCUCUGUUUUGCUUGAGAAUAUUUGAAUCCAUCUUUUUUUUUUCCUUACAGAAGAUGUAAACUCAUUCCUGUAGUGCAUAAACAGUAUUAGAUUUUUUUUUUUUUUUUCAGGUUAAACAAAUUGAACUAUGGCAAAGCCAAAAUAAACACAGGCAUAUUACAACCCUCCAUUUCUUUAAUAAAAGGAAAGUUGUUGUUUUUUCUUUUCUUUCUUUCUUUCUUUUUUUUUUUUUUUUUUUACUUUUUCCGUUUAAAAAGAAGCCUCACAAAUUGAAGGAUGGACAGUGAGUGUUCUUCUCAUGUUCCUCCAUCCGCUACAAGUCACAAGUCGUAUCAAUGGAUACAACGCCUUAUAAAGAGUAUGAAGACUAUGACUGGAAUCAUGUGUUUUUAUUUCUUCUUCUUGCAGAUACUGUGUCCAAGAGACAGUGUGUAAAUAUAUAUAUAUAUAUACAUAUAUACACAUAUGUAUGUAUAUAUAUGUACAUGUAUACACACUGUAAAUAUAUAUUGUCCCAAGAGCCUUAUUAAAUGUGACUCUGCUUCUUCUUACAAAACUGCAUUACCACUAGAUGUGUUUUUUCCCCCAAUCAGAUUGUAAAGGGCAAACAUAUAAGAGUGAAAAAGGGACUGUAUCCAUAAAUAUCUUUGUGCUAUUCACAUGCUGUAGGUUUUAAUUUGAAGCAGAGGUAAUUAAGUUGGUUUUUUUUUGUGUUUUGUUUUUUUUUGUAAUUAAAACGAGGGUGUGAAAAAGGAGCAGUCCUUUUUCACUUAUCCUCACUCAGGAGAGCAUGCCCGUGGGUUUUCUGUCUAAAUGGACGUUUAUCACAAGGGUGCAAGAGUUUUUAAUUAUUUAAUUUAUUUUGUAAUGGUUAGAUACACCUGGAUACAGUUUCUUUCUCUGUAUUAAGAGGUUAGAUAAAGCAGAGAUGUCUGCAGGUUUUUUUUGUCUUUAGAUUUCCAGCUUUAGCUACCCUUAUUGUAUGUGCCUGUUCAACAAUGAUGACAAAAAAAACAACAACUUCAAAAUAAAACGGUAAAGGCAUUUUUA